UGAUGCACCUAGCUGUUAGGUGGCGAGCUGGCGCAGGUUGCAGGGUGCCCGUGGACGAUGAGAGACAGCAGCGGCAGCCUGGCACAGAACCGCUGGCAAGGAGAGCUGGCCUUGGGUGUGGGCCAGGAGGGCAAUGGGGCUGCAGGCAUGCCUGCAGGGCACCUCAUGGACGCCUCCUCACCCAACCAUGUGUCCAGUCCAAUGCAUCUCAAACUGGGACAAAAGGAAAGGGUCAAUGAGACCGAGUACAUGGACCCGGAGACUAUUGAUGACUGGAGGGACGGAGGAGGAGGGGAGGAGGAAGAGGAUGACGAGGAGGAGGAAGAUGAAGAAGAUGAUGACGAUGAUUUAGAAGAACAGGAGGAGGAUGUGAACUUCGAAGCAGCUGCAUGGGAAGAGCUUGAAGGGGUGGAAGAAUGGCAAGCCCCACAUGACACACCGUUAGGGUCCCUCACAGAUCACCAACUGCGGCAACAACAAUCAACACCGCCCCUGUCGGAGGAGCAGGUUCAGUUCUUAGCAGGUGACUCGCCUGAGCAGCCUCUGUGGUCAAGGCUGUCCGCACACAAGCUGCGUCGACUGAGGCGCUGGAGAAGGCUUCGCGUUCGCAGCAGCCUGCGGUUCCGACUCGCACAGCACUGGAAAACGUGGCGCCAGCAAGCUCAGUGGAUGGGGAUGCAGGGACACAGGAGGGUGAGGAGGUGGCGUCAGCACAGCACCUAUGGCGUCCGCCAGCGACGGGACCCAGGGCUGAAUAACUCCCAAGCCGAAGUGCAGAGAAAGGAUGAGAGUGAGACAGAAUCACGGUUAUUCGGACUCAAUGGUUACCGCGGUGACUCGCAAUCCAGCUCAUUGGUCAGCACUGGGGACUCCGGAGGCCAGGACUUUACCCCGAUGCGUCCAAAGCCUGUAGAGAUGGCUCUCACAGAAGAGCACAUGACAUGCCUACAUGGGAUUCUCGAUGAGUCUUUGCAGCAGUACGGAAGCCUGAUUCCCAUCCAUAUUGAUGAUGUGGUUGAGAAACUGCAAGAUAUCUUCAAGGAAAAUUUCUCCCAGCCACACAGGAAAGCUACAGUGCAGUCCGUAAUUCAAGCCUACCAGAGGUCACCUGGAACCGCCAUGGUGCGAGGGUUUCGUGUCAACUAUAAGCGGCACAUCCUCACAAUGGAUGACCUCAGCACUCUGUAUGGGCAGAAUUGGCUGAAUGAUCAGGUUAUGAAUAUGUAUGGAGAUCUUGUGAUGGAUUCAGUGCCUGAGAAGGUUCAUUUCUUUAACAGUUUCUUCUAUGACAAGUUGAGGACAAAGGGUUAUGAUGGCGUGAAAAGGUGGACGAAAAAUGUGGACAUCUUCCAAAAAGAUCUGUUGUUGAUCCCCAUUCACCUGGAGGUGCACUGGUCUCUGGUGAGCGUUGAUAUCAAGCGCAAGGCUGUCACCUACUUUGACUCCCAGCGGACCCUAAACAACCGCUGUCCAAAGCACAUUGCGAAGUACUUGCUGGCAGAGGCUUUCAUGAAACAACGGCGAGAUUUCAUGACUGGGUGGAAGGGUUAUUUUAAAAUGAAUGUGGCCAGACAGAACAACGACAGUGACUGUGGAGCAUUUGUUCUCCAGUACUGCAAGUGUCUGGCCCUGGGACAGCCAUUCAGCUUCAGUCAGAUGGACAUGCCCAAACUGAGGCGACUUAUGUACAAAGAACUGUGCCACUGCCGGCUCUCGCUGUAAUGUCUGCGUGAGACACUUUUGUCCCCUGGCUGCGAGCAGAGCCCUACUAUUAAAAAAAAAACUCUUACAUCUUUGUCAGUCAAACCAGAGACUCUACACAGAGGAUGAUUGGUCCUUUGACCAUGCCCAUUUCUCCCAUCCACACCUUCUAUGUUUUUGUUUUUAUAUAAAUAUAUAUAUAUUGUCUAUUUCUUUGUGGUUGACAGAGGCCAACUCAACUGUUAUUGUCAUCAUGUUGACACAGUAAGGAGACUCAUCAAAAGGUCUUCUGGACAGGGUUGUGACCCGCGCUACUGGGGGAUCGAGAAGUCACACAGGGGUUCAAGUGUGGUUUUUUUUUUUUUUGUUUUUUUUGUUUUUCCCUCUAGGUCUUGUUUUUGUUUUUUUUCUCCAUGUCCGUACACAUGUCGCUAUGCUUACUGUAAGAAAUGUGGAAAUGGAUCAAGAUGGUUAUGUGUGCGACUUUAUUUUUAAAUAAAUCAUAUCUCAUGAA